ACCCAGCCUCAGAGCCCCGUCAUCCUCAACAUUGUUAAAUAAUUUUCAUCUCAAGUAAACAAGAUCAGGAUCAAUGGGUUGAGGCAACAGCAAAAGGAUCAGGAUGGAAUGAAAGUAGCAAAAACAACUGUGCUUAUUUUGUCCCAUUUAUGUUGGUUUUCACGCGUCCAUUCCCUGCACUUACUGCAGCAGCUGUUAUUUAAAAUACUUUGUACUGUCAAGUGAAGUGGCCUUGCUUUGCUCAGUUUUUUUUAUUCCUCUACAAAAUAUCACUUUGCACUCAGGUGGGCUCAGGGGAGAUUUUAGCCUUGCGGAUAAAACUCCACUUUCAGUCCAACUAACACAGCUGGUAUCUUUAUUUUGUUGUUUCUUUCUUUUUGUAGACUUCCAGGAAUAAAGGUUAGCCAUCUUCUUACUUCAGUGUAGCUGAUGUUGAGUUGGACUUUGACUUUGAAAUCCUUUCUCCAUAACAUAUCCAGUAUGAACCUGCUGAGAUUGAAACAGAAAGAAGAGGACAUGGUCAGAAACAGGACGGUACAUUUUAUAUAAGAAGGUAUCCCAUACAUGCGUCUGUCAGUUCCUGCAGUGAUCAAUGCAUCAUGGUUCUUACUUUGCUUCCAGAUCAAUGCAUGGCUAUUUAAAACUUUAAAGAAUAAGCACAUGAGCUGUAUGCGCCAAUUGAAACAUUGCAGAGCGUCUCCAUCAUGGGACAAUAACACAAUAACCUCAACCUUUUUAAGGGCUGUUCCAACAAUUGAAUUUGUGGGAAUUGUCCGAGUCUGAAAGCUGAAGCACUAGAGGCCAAGAUUCAGAUUUUUUAAAUGUCUAAAACCACUGGAUCCUACAUUUCCCAUGAUGCAACGGGAUUCCAUUAUUUGUGAACCUAUAUAGUGUAAAUAAAGAUGGACACCAAUCUUCCGCCCCAAAAAUUAUCCCAAAGCCUCGUGAUCGCCCCCUGGCGGCUUGCUGCAUUAUAGGUCAUAAACCUUGCUAUGAAUACAAAAUUUAAAAAAAAGUAAAAUGACAUUUUCCAAGACAUGAUUUCUGUCACUGUAGGUAGUUCUUAUCACAGUGUUGUUUGCUCAAGUGCAAGUUUGGUUUUAAUAACUAAUUUUGAUGCUUUAAAAACGAAAUGAAAAGUCAUGAUUGACAGCUGAGGCUGACUCGUGAUUGGUCGAGCCCAUGUAUUGGCAGGACGUCUCUCGGCUCCAUCCCCUGAUCGGUACUGAGCAAACUCUUCCUACAAAUGACAAAUCGGCACAAGAUGGCAGUGUUCAUAUCAAGGAUAUAUUGGCUUCAUUUCUGGAGAAUGGGAAGAAGUGGAGACGUGGUUCAUCUUUACAGUCUAUGGUUAAAACCAGGUUUAAGUAGAUUAUAGUGCUUUGGGGUUUAUUGCUAAUGGUAAUGUGAAAAAUCUCUCUUUUGACUGGUUAAGGAGGCCUUUUACUUUCAACCAUAAAAUUUAACUAUGCAGAAACUAACAGUUCUCACUUUGGUUUACAAGACGUAUUUGAUGAACUUUUACCGCCUGCUACUCUGCUUCUUUCACUGCGUUUUACUACCCAUCCCCACGCAGUGUUCGCAACUACACUGCUCCAUUGCAGGCUAACUUCAUUACAGCCUCAUCUUUGCUUUGGAAACCUGGGAUCAGUUUUUUCGAUCAAAAUUCUGGCUUCUGUAAAGCAUAAAAUAAAAGACCGGCAGCUGUUAUGUGGAGAACAAAAAAUAAACAAAUGUUUAUGUUCUCACUAUAAGCUGUUUUAAUAUCCAGUGACUGUACUGUUUGGAUUUAGGUGAAAGGGAUCUAUUGACAGAAAUGUAUCAUUUAUAUUUACAUCUGAGUAGUCCUCUCUAUGGAGGCCACCAUGUUUUUUACAGCCGUCCAAAUUGGGCAAACUAAACACCUUUUGAGUUUUUAUGACAACUGAAUGCUUCCACAGGUUCUCUUUCAUGUUUGAAAUGGUAGGGCGAGGUGAAGGGUAUUCAGCUGCAACAUGCAAGGUCACCACUAGAUGUCACUAAAUUCCACACAGUGAACCUUUAAUAUGCUAAAUAAUGUUGUGCUAUGCUUUGUACAUUUGGCGUAAAAACUCUUACAGGCAGGUCUCGACGAUCUAGUUACUUUUUGGGGUUGACCCAUAUGCGUGUGUGGUGUAUCCACACACACGUGCUGGACCCAUAUCCAGACCAGCUUCUUCCCGCUGAUGUUUGACCCACAUAUGUCAAAAGUGAGUCGUCCAGUGUGAAUAGGGUAAUGGCCUGUGAUCAACAGGGCGUCCCCUCUGCAGCAGAAGAGAUAGGCUUUUCAGCCAGUGUUGAUCUCCUUCCAGUGCUCUGCCAGGACCCCCCCAGCUCUAUGUGAAACGUGAUCCAUCACAUGGGGUCCGCUGCCUCGGGGUUCUCAUCCCUUUCACCACCCAUAUGCCCACUCACUGCCAGCGCCACAUCACUGCUGCAAAGUGCAUUUAAUUGACAUGCUUUUAUUUAGCACAGCUGACUUAUCCACUGCUCCAUGCUCCAUCCACCCCCCCAUACCUCUUUUACACUUUCUUCUCUCCCUCUGUCUUUAGUCAGCACUUUGGCAGUAAUUCCUGCUCCAGUGAACUGGACACAUACAGUGCAUGACUUUAUCCAACAUGAAAGCUGAAGGCUAUAGUUAUUAAAGCCCUGUAUUAGAGCCCAUAAGGGGGGGGUGGUAGGCAGGUCAGAAGUAUGGCGUAAUUCAGCCACAAUGGCAGCAUCCUCAAUAGGCUAUCCUCGGAUGCUGAGGGGUAGGGGUGGGGAGAAUGUGUGUGCGUGUGUGUGCAUGUGUGAGUGUGUGUGUGUGUGAGAGAGAGAUAAAGAGACACACACACAAGAAGAGAGAGACGGGGGGAGAGAGAGAGAGAGAGAGAGAGAUGAGAGAGUGAGAGAGAGAGAGAGAGAUGAGAGAGAGGAUGCUGGUCGCACCACUCAAGAUGAGUAGGCGUGCUCGUGUGCGCUGCAUCGUCUGAUGAUCUCCCCGGUUCCCCUGGACCUCCACUCUCUGCUCUCUGCUCUCUCUUCUCUCUCUGCUCUCUCUUCUCUCUCUCUGCUCUCACUCUCUGCUCUCUCUGCUCUAUCUCUGCUCUCUCUGCUCUCUCUCUGCUCUCCCUGGCUGAGGUCGGUCGAGGAAGAAAGGCGACUGCGUGGACUUUCCCAGGCGGAGGAGUCGAGCCGGACUUUCCUCCGGGCAGCAGACCUGCGCUCAGCGGAGCCACGCCACGGCACUUUGGAUAAACUCCCACAGCCGAGGACCGUGCGCCGUGUGUCCGAGGCGCAUCGCGUCGUCCUGCACCAGGAGCAGAGGAACACAUUGCCAUGCACGAUCUAGUCAGUCAGCAUAGGUGACUUUUUCCAAUUUCCCUCCUUCAGCUUUUAUCUUUUUCGUUUUCUGGGGAUUCUCUGGAGGGAGGAGAAUAAAAUCCACGGUGGCAGCUUAAGCCCCAAACUCGCAGUGUGCGCUCGGGGAGGGUAUUUUUCUUUUGCCCAAGAUGCAGGUGGAUCGGAGCCGGGUGGUUUCCAGCGUGUGGUGCGCGUUUCUGCUUUUACUUUACUCAACUCUAAGCACCAGGGUCACGGAGGUGGGAGCCACCCACCAGAGCAUCCCCCCGGCCGUGGUGAAGCUUUGGGCUUCAGCGUUUGGUGGAGAGUUGAAGUCCAUCUCUGCAAAGUACUCCGGCUCCCAGCUGCUGCAGAAGAAAUACAAGGAGUUUGAGCGGGCGGUGCAUGUGGAGGAGAUUGAUGGGCUGCGGCUGGUGAAGAAGCUGGCGGAGGACAUGGAGGAGAUGUUUCACAAGAAAGAACAGGCGAUGAAGAGACUGGUGGAGGCAGCAGAGGAAGCCCACCUGCAGCACGAGGAGGAUCCAGACCUACAGUAUGAAUACUUCAAUGCAGUGCUGAUCAAUGAGGUGGAUGAGGAGGGGAACAGCGUAGAGCUUGGAGGAGAAUUCAUCCUGCAACCCAACGACCACUUUAACAACCUGUCAGUCAACCUCAGCCUCAGCACGGUGCAGGUACCCACCAACAUGUACAACAAAGAUUCUGCUAUUGUCAACGGUGUGUUCUGGUCUGAGGCCUUGAAUAAAGUGUUCGUGGAUAACUUUGAAAGAGACCCAUCGCUCAUAUGGCAGUACUUUGGCAGUGCCAAAGGAUUUUUCAGGCAAUACCCAGGAAUCAAGUGGAAGCCAGACGAACACGGGGUCAUUGCUUUUGACUGCCGUAACCGGAAGUGGUACAUCCAGGCUGCCACCUCGCCGAAAGACGUGGUGAUCCUGGUGGAUGUCAGCGGCAGCAUGAAAGGCCUCAGGCUGACCAUCGCCAGACAGACGGUCUCCUCCAUCCUGGAUACUCUUGGAGACGACGAUUUUUUCAACGUCAUCGCUUACAAUGAGGAACUUCAUUACGUGGAACCGUGUCUGAACGGAACUCUGGUCCAGGCAGACGUCCCCAACAAAGACCACUUCCGGGAGCACCUGGACAAGCUGUUCGCUCAAGGCAUUGGCAUGUUAGACCUAGCUCUGACUGAGGCCUUCCAUCUUCUGAGUGCGUUCAACGAGACAGGCCGGGGGAGUCAGUGCAGCCAAGCCAUUAUGUUGGUGACAGAUGGGGCAGUGGACACGUAUGAUGCCAUCUUUGCCAAAUAUAACUGGCCAGACAGGAAGGUCCGCAUAUUCCCUUACCUGAUUGGUCGAGAGUCAGCCUUCGCAGAUAAUCUGAAAUGGAUGGCGUGUGCUAACAAAGGAUACUUCACCCAGAUUUCCACGUUGGCCGAUAGGCAGGAGAAUGUGAUGGAGUACCUUCACGUCCUGAGUCGCCCCAAGGUCAUCGACCAGGAGCACGACACGGUGUGGACUGAGGCCUACAUCGACAGCACCAUGGAGGACGGUCAGAGUCCAGUUCUAAUGACCACGGUGGCGAUGCCUGUGUUCAGCACCAAGAAUGAGACGAGAAACAGUGGCAUCCUUCUCGGGGUUGUUGGGACAGAUGUGCCCGUGUCCGAGCUGCUCAAGACCAUCCCCAAAUAUAAGCUGGGCAUUCACGGUUACGCCUUUGCAAUCACCAACAACGGCUACAUCCUUACGCACCCAGAUCUACGGCCACUUUACGGCGACAAAAGCAAAAAGCGGAGGAAGCCAAACUACAGCAGUGUGGAUCUGUCUGAGGUGGAAUGGGAGGAUAAGGACGACACGCUGAGAAACGCCAUGGUCAACAGGAAGACGGGGAUCUUCUCCAUGGAGGUGAAGAAGAGCGUCGACAAAGGGAAGCGUGUGUUGGUGUUGCAUAAUGAUUACUACUACACAGAUAUCAAGGGGACGCCUUUCAGUCUAGGUGUAGCUCUUUCCAGAGGCCACGGGAAGUUUUUCUUCAGAGGGAACGUCACCGUGGAGGAAGGGCUUCAUGACUUGGAGCAUCCUGAUGUGGAGCUGGCAGACGAAUGGACUUACUGCAACACAGACGAGCACCCGGAACAUCGCUACCUGUCCCAGAUUGAGGCGAUCAAACUCUACCUCAGUGGCCAUGAACCCCACCUACAAUGUGACAAGGAGCUGAUUCAGGAGGUUCUCUUUGAUGCGGUGGUCACUGCCCCUUUGGAGGCCUACUGGACCAGCAUGGUGCUCAACAAGUCUGAGAACUCUGAUAAAGGAGUGGAGAUCGCAUACCUCGGCACAAGAACAGGCCUUUCCAGAAUCAACCUGUUUGUGGUGCCUGACCAGCUCACGAACCAAGACUUCCUGACAGCUGAAGACAAAGAGGGGGUGUUCAACGCCGAUCACUUUCCCCUCUGGUACAAGAGAGCGGCAGAACAAGUUCCUGGCACCUUUGUCUACUCCCUACCUUUCAACACAGGAUCAGAAAACAAGAGUGUUGUAUUGGCCAGCACUGCCAUUCAGCUUCUGGAUGAGAGGAAGUCGCCCAUAGCUGCGGCUGUGGGUAUCCAGAUGAAACUGGAGUUCUUUCAGAGGAAGUUCUGGACAGCCAGCAGACAGUGUGCAGCUUUGGAUGGGAAAUGCUCCAUCAGCUGUGAUGAUGAGAAUAUCAACUGCUACCUCAUCGACAACAAUGGCUUCGUUCUGGUGGCCGAGGACUAUACUCUGACGGGGAAAUUCUUUGGAGAAGCAGAGGGAGCUGUAAUGAGUAAGCUUCUGCAGAUGGGCUCUUUUAAGAGGGUCACUCUGUACGACUACCAGGCUCUUUGUUGGGUUUUUUCAGAGAGCAGCGGCAGUGGACACACACUGCUGGAUCCUUACUUUGCUUUCUUCUCGGCCGUGAAGUGGAUCCUGACCGAGCUUGUCAUAUUCCUGCUCGAGUUCAACUUGUACAGCUGGUGGUAUUCUGACAUCACAGUUAAAGCUCAGAGGAUAGGUCGGACCACGCAGGUACCAUGUGACACCGAGUACCCGGCCUUCGUCUCGGAGAGGACCAUCAAAGAGAACACAGGCAACAUCGAUUGUGACGGCUGCAUCAAGUCCUUUGUGAUCCAGCAGAUCCCCAGCAGUAAUCUCUUCAUGGUGGUGGUGGACAGCAAGUGCGACUGCAGCAUGUUCGAGCCAAUCACCAUGGACCCCAUCGAAAUCAUGUAUAAUGAAUCUCUGAAGUGCGAGAGAUUGAAGACGCAAAAGGACAGGAGGCGCCCGGAUACCUGUCACCCCUUUCACCCUGAGGAAAACUCGAUGGAGUGCGGAGGCGUCGGCUCUCUCGCUCCGUCUCUCGCGGCGACGCUGCUCUGCGUCCUGCUGGCCCUGUUCCCCAGGUGACCAGAGCUGGCCACGCCUCUCCAUCCAGCACACGACUCGGAUCGUCCUUGGCUCUGCAAACAAAAGAAUCGCAUCGAUGCCACAAAAAAAGAGCACUCCUGCUGCCCCUAAUAAAAAUUGUGCCCAAUUUCAACUCACCACCUACAAAGCCCCGAGCCCAGAGGCGCGUCCCCACAAGGUGCUUAUUUGAAAGGAUUGAUAAUGGAUGCCUAGUGACUAGUGAUCAUUACUGUGCUUUAGCUGCACGGAGAGGUUUCCGGGGAGAAACGUAGUAAUAAUGCUUACAAUGCACUUAGUAGCUUAAAACUGCACAUGUGUCCCAGUAACACCCACCGACACUCACCUCUAUAUGCUCAGUCCUUUCAGGUAGCAGCUAAGGGCUUGGUUCUGUAGCUGGGCUUGGAACUGGGCAUUAGAGCCACGUUACACCGACGCGGAGAAACACAGGCGCACCUUUCCUCUGCCCACUCUGACUUUUCAUGGACAAUAAUGAUUCAGGAGGAGAAAAAAAAUACUAAUACUGAAGAUGACUAUAUGUGGGUGGGGCUGUAAUGUGGUUGUUAUGAUCUUUUUUCAUGUUGAGAAAAAAAAAACCAAGUUCUGGUAUAAAUAUGAAGAAAAAAGAGUUUUAUUUAUGAUUUGCAAGUGGUACCCAUAAACUGUGACUAUGAGAUUUUGAGUCCUCUGAUGUGAGUGGUUAUUAAUAUUUGAGCUUUGCCUUAUUGAACGAUAUUGGUCCUGUUUGUGUACUUUUGAAAUAAAAAGAUGUAUAAAAUCGA